GCCAGCCGCAUGGUACGUCACGUAAUUUGUGUAUUUUGCUCAAUUAUGUCAACUUCUAUAAAUGUACCGUACUGAGUGAUCAGUGAUUAUGCAUGUGAUACUGAUUAAUAUUCUUCAAAAUAUAUUUUAUUGAUAACAAAUAUCAAGCAAAAUGGCUGAGCAACAACAGUCACCUCCUGGAUUUAAACAUAUGUCUUUGGAUAAAAUUAUUGAGGCUAUGACUGCAGACUUAGAAAGUUCAUCGGGCCAUUAUGUACAAUUUGGAGUUACUCCACCACAAACAUCACCACAUAAUUGGGGAGAUUAUUCCUCUGGUCAAACAAGACAUUACAUUAAUGGCCAGCCACCACAUCCUAGUCCACCAAGCCUGCAAUCUAUAAAUCCAAUUGCUUCACCUCUAUAUAUGCAAGAAAUGCCUUCAUAUGACACUUCUACAGCAGAUCCCAUAUACUUUCCACCACAACCGGUGAAUCAUUUGGGCAUCAAUGAGAAUAAUGACUUAGUGGGCACUAUUGAUGUUGGUGGAGGAAAUUAUAUUAAUGUUAUUUAUGGAAAUGCUUCACAAAUUAUGGCAGAGCAGUGUCAGCUAAAUAAUUUAACAACGUACAACAAUCAAGGCAUGUUAGAUCGUGAAUAUGGGCUCUUUAGUGAACAACAAGUACCAGUCUCACCGACUCUACCAACUCAACCUUCUAAUAGUAAACAACUAAUAGACAACCUUGUGGGAAACUGGGUUCCCAAUCAAUCUGGAACGUAUAGUCCAUUUGGUGGCUCCCCCAAUGUUACACCAGUGCCACAGUCAACUCCUGAAAUCAGGGAGCCUGAAGAAUUACCACGAACUAUACCAGAUGUACAACAGAAAAAGCCAAGAAUGAUUGCUGAAGUGAAACCUAUGCGGCCUUCUUAUUCUGACGUUUUGACGAAAUCUGCUCCAACUCCGCCACCUCCAUUAACACCACCAUCAACAAAACCAAAAAUCGAACCUACAACGAAGAAAAUUUCUAAUAAGAAUUCAAAGAAUAAAUCUAAAGCUGCUUUGCUUAAGAGGCAGAAUUCGUCGGGUAGUGAUGAGCAUAAUUCUCCCAAGCUACAAGUUCCUAAGAGAAUUCUUGAAAAGAAUAAUUCGAACCUAUCACGACGUUGGGUUUCAUUAGAUAAUCUUGGUUCACAAAUUGAAUCUCAUGAAUUGAAUGCCUUUGAUAGAUCUGAUCAAUUUGAGAAAAAGAAGGUUUGGAAAACGUCUAAAAAACCAGAUAAAAAUGAAACCCUUAAUAAUUCAAAGAUUCCAAACAGUAAUCUGAAAUCAGGCACCAAUAUUCAGAAACGACCAAUUCAAAUAAAUAAUAAUCUGAAUUUGAAUACGAUAAAUAGUUUCAGCCAGACAGUAUCUCCAGAAAAAAUAGAGAAAAAUCAACAGGCUAAUAAUAAAACUGGAAAGGAGGAUAAAAAGACUAUGAAAGAAAAAAGUACAAAGCGAUUGCAAGCUGAAAAAGUUCAGCAAAUCAAGAAGGGACACAGAGGUCGUAAAAGAGAAAGCAGAGAAUCUCCUGUUAAAGAAUUAUACAGAAAUUUAAACAAACUCGUAAAUCAAUGGAGCAAGAUUGUAUUGAAGAUCGUCUACUGGUUGUUACAUUUAAUCUCUGAUGUUGUCAGCAUGAGCGCAAAUCUUGUUGUUCAACUUGGCAAGUGUAUAUGGUUCCAUACAAUCCUUUACUUGAAAUACUCAUGGAUUUACAUAGCAAGUACUUUCUCAAAAAUACGAUUUCUCAAUGCUGUCGGUAAACGAGUGGAUGGAUGGUUUGGAAAUAGUAGAUUUGCAUUCUGGCGCAAAAUGAAAUGCAAAAAUGAAGGAAAGGAGGAGAAUACGAACUCGAUACCUGGCGGAUUAGAAGCUAAUAUAGCCUUGCCUUGUACUGGUGAAGAAGCUAUGAAGCGGUUACUUGCUUGCAAGGGAAAAGAUCCUUACAGUAUACUUGGUGUCACACCUACGUGCUCUGACGAUGAUAUAAAAAAAUAUUAUAAAAGACAAGCAUUCUUGGUACAUCCUGAUAAGAACAGCCAACCAGGAGCAGAAGAGGCUUUUAAAAUACUUGUUCAUGCUUUCGACAUAAUAGGAGAACCCGAACGAAGGCAAGCAUUUGACCAAACCAGACAGGUUGAAGCAGCAUGGGGUGAAUUGAGUGACUUACUGUCCCAACUACAUCGAAAAAUGGAACAAGCCGCUAAUACGAUUAGAUGCACAAACUGUGGUUUAAGACACAAACGCAUCCCGACUCAAAGACCAUGUUACGCUGCCCGUUUCUGUGCUCAGUGUAAAAUACGUCACAGCGCUAAGGAAGGUGAUAUAUGGGCAGAAUCCCGCGUAAUGGGUUUUCUAUGGCAUUAUUACGCGUGCAUGGAAGGAGCUGUGUAUGAUGUCACUGAUUGGGCUGCGUGCCAAGCUGGCAAUUUGAAACAUCUUCGAGCUAAUACGCAUAGCGUCCAAUACAGAAUUGUUUUGGGCCAACGUCCACCGCCGCAAACAACUAAUGGUAGUAAAAAACGACAUCAAGUGGAUCCAAACGCAAGCGAGGCCGAUUUCGAGGACUUCUUGAACAACCUUUACAACAAUAGUAAGUCUACCAGCACUCCAUCCUCUACUGACCCAAAUUCCUUUAAAGGCGAUACUCGGCGACGUAAAACAAAACGUAAGAAGUGAAUGGACGUAUAGUAUGUGAAGGGACAGAUGUUAAAUCCAGUAUACCGAACAUAACGCGUCUUUGCGGUAUUUGUUGAUGUUUUCUUCAUAUUCUGGUCCUUCGGAAGCUUCUUGCUUUCUCGUAGAAUCGUUCAACUUUUCACAAUUUUCCCAUGACUGUUUAACAAAGUUUCUCAAUGACAUUGUACAAACGGUGAAUGUUUUCGCAAGAAGUGUAUCUUGUAAUUGUUUUUCGAUCACUGGUCAGUCUUCAAGAAUACUUUUAAAAUUUGUUUCAUUGGCUGAUAUUUAUUGCUCUCCUAGUUUAUUAAGCGUCGGUCUCCUAUACUUGGUACGAUACCCUCUAAAGAGUAUUAAAAGUUUUUCUGUUUGCAUCGUACAAUUUGCGAAGCUUCUCACUCCCCAAUUUAUAAAAUGCCGCAUCUACAUUAAUGUUCCACGGACUGCUUGCAGUGUUUUGAAAGUUGUUCUGUAAUACCAAUAUGGAUGCAGCGCAUGUAGACUAUCUGUAUAUACUUAAAAAUAAAAGGAAAACGAAAAAACUCAGUCUACAGUAAGAAUCGAAUUUACAAUAUGGUCUCAUUUUUUGAGAAAGCAGUACACUCCUUUUUGUGAUUUCUUAAAAAGAUUUUUCCUUUGCUGUAGCAGUGCUCACACAUUUUAUUGAUUAACAGCUCUUUUACAUUGAGAAAGCAAGUAUUUGAAUUUAGUGAAUAUGAUUAUGAAAUAAAAUUCUUCAUUCUUCCAUGUCCUGUUACUGCUAAGUAAUAUUACAAUUUUUAAUUUUUAUGGAAUCUCUUCAUUUUAGAUAUGUAUAGGAUUUUAAGUGACAAUGCUGUACCUUUUAUAAUUUGAGUUUAUUUUAUGCAAAAUGAAGUAAAUCUGAAUAAGAUUCCAAAUUAUACUUAAAUCUAUGUACGAAUGCUUAUUGUAUAACUGCAUAUUUUACUAUAAUUAACCAUAUUCAACCUUCCUUCGACGGCGAUUUACGUAAAACGUAAUGCAACAUAACUUACAUAAAUAUAGUCGUUUUCAACGGUAAAUGAAUAAAUUACAUAGAAAUCUUUGAUGACCUUAAAAA